GUCGUCUCCAAGAUUAUUUCCAAAUUGAGAAUUUCUUUCCAAGAAAUUUUGAGCACUUGAAGUAGAAACAUUUGGCUCAGUGACUUCUGUUCCCUCCCGUCACGACAAACCGGUAUACCAGUCAUCAGCUCUUCUUAACGAUUCAUCAUGCGCGAAGUCAUCUCUCUCCAUGUUGGUCAGGCUGGUGUUCAGAUUGGCAAUGCCUGCUGGGAGUUGUACACCCUAGAACACGGCUUGAGCCCCGACGGUCGCGUCCUUGAUGAAGCUCACAAGACUGACGCAGGGUUCUCCACGUUCUUCUCCGAGACUGGUUCAGGGAAACACGUUCCUCGCUCUCUUUACAUUGAUUUGGAACCCGGAGUCGUGGAUGAGGUCAAGACCGGUCCUUACAGGUCUCUGUUCCACCCCGAGACCAUGAUCACGGGGAAGGAGGACGCAGCAAAUAAUUAUGCUCGUGGUCAUUACACAGUCGGAAAAGAACUGAUCGACCCAGUUAUGGAUAAGAUUCGUCGCUUAGCUGACAACUGUUCAGGAUUGCAAGGAUUCUUUGUGUUCCACUCGUUUGGCGGAGGCACCGGAUCUGGUUUUGGUGCCCUCCUCUUGGAACGACUUUCUACGGAUUAUGGCAAAAAGUCUAAGCUUGAGUUCUGCGUUUACCCUGCACCUCAAUUGUCGAGUUCGAUAGUUGAGCCCUACAACUCAGUUCUGACCACCCAUACGACUCUUGAACAUUCUGAUUGUUCGUUCAUGGUUGACAACGAGGCUAUCUAUGAUAUCUGCAAGAAAAAUCUCGGUGUCUCUCAGCCAAGCUUCACCAAUCUUAAUCGCUUGAUUGCUCAAGUUGUCUCGUCGAUUACUGCUUCGCUCCGCUUCGAUGGUUCAUUGAACGUCGACCUUAACGAGUUCCAAACCAACCUUGUUCCCUUCCCUCGUAUCCAUUUCCCAUUAGCAACAUAUGCCCCACUUCUGUCCGCUGAGAAGGCAACUCACGAACAAAACUCUGUCAACGAAAUGACCUUCUCUUGCUUUGAGACUGGACACCAGAUGGUGAAAUGCGACCCCAAAGACGGAAAAUAUAUGGCUUGCGCUCUACUUUAUCGUGGUGAUGUCGUGCCGAAGGAUGUUCAGGCUGCUGUCGCCAGCAUCAAGACCAAGCGAACUAUCCAGUUCGUCGAUUGGUGCCCGACUGGCUUCAAGCUGGGCAUUUGCAACGAGCCUGCUGCUGCGGUCCCAGGCGGUGACCUUGCCAAGAAUACCCGCAGUCUUUGCAUGCUUUCAAACACGACGGCCAUCUCUGUCGCUUGGAGUCGGCUAGAUUACAAAUUUGACCUGAUGUAUUCCAAGCGCGCAUUUGUUCACUGGUAUGUUGGUGAGGGUAUGGAGGAGGGUGAGUUCUCGGAGGCUCGUGAGGAUUUGGCAGCGCUGGAGAAGGACUACGAGGAAGUUGGCACCGACUCUGCAGAUGUUGAAGAGGAGGGUGAAUAUUAGAUCGUCUAUCAAUCUGAGAAG